AUGAGUUUGAAUACUUACCAAUUUGAUCAAGUUAGAGUGAGGAAUAAGCUUGCUCGUAUGGUCAUCCUACAUGAAUAUCCCCUUUCAAUGGUUGACCAUAUUGGGUUUAAAGAAUUUGUGGCUGAUCUUCAACCUAUGUUUAAACUUGUCACAAGAAAUACUUUGAAGAGUGACACUCUUAAAAUCUAUGAUAAUAAGAGGGAGAAAGCUUUGAAGAUGACAGACAAGAAUGGAAGUAGGAUGACAAUUACAACUGAUAUGUGGACUUCAAGUAACAAAAAGAGAGGGUUUAUGGUCAUUGCCGCUCAUUUUAUUGAUCAUACUUGGACGUUGCAAAGCCAGGUUUUAAGGUUUGUUUACGUUCCUUCUCCACACACGAAAGAUGUCCUUACUGAAGUCCUUGUUGAUUGUUUUUUAGAGUGGAAUAUUGAUAAGAAGUUGUCCACAAUAACUGUUGAUAAUUAUGGGUUGUCUCUUAUUGGUGAUGGUAUUGAAAGGAUUCGUGAUAGUGUGAUUUAUUGGACUGGAUCACCAAAAAGGAGGCAGAAAUUUGAAGAAAAUGCACGUCAAUUGUGUGUUCAAUGCACCAAAGAGUUAGUCUUAAAUUGUAAAACUCGUUGGAAUUCAACUUACUUAAUGCUUUCUAUUGCAUUGAUUUAUAAAGAUGUUUUCUCACGUUUGGCUAAACGUGAAACAUCUUAUACUUGUUUACCAUAUGAUUAUGAUUGGGAAUUAGCCAAAGAUAUUUGUGGGAGGUUGGAGUUGUUUCAUAGUGCGACUGAGUUUUUCUCUGGUCAUAAGUACCCCACAACUAAUAUGUAUUUUACUUUGGCUAAUGUUAGUGUUGUUAUGGCUAUUGUUGCUAUCUUAGAUCCAAGAUAUAAGAUGAAGUUAUUAGAGUUUUAUUAUCCUAACAUUUAUGGUGAUAAUUAUGAUUUGGAGAUUGAAAAAAUUAAGAAUGUUUGUUAUGAUUUGCUUGAUGAGUAUGGAGAUAUAGAUGAGUCCCCUGUAGAUAAUGAAGGAAGUUCUCAUAUUCCUGCAAGUACUUCAAGCCUUGUGGCACAAAUGAAGUUUAGGUUGAGUGGGGCAAUGUCAUCUUUUGAUUUGUUUGUGAACAAUAGUUCAAGUAGUUCAAAGAAACAUGGGAGUGCUAGAAUGGAGUUUAAUCAUUUCAUUGAUGAGGGAGUGUUAAAGAGGAGUGAAGAUUUUGAUAUUUUGGAAUGGUGGAAAAGUAAUGGUCUCAAGUAUCCUACUUUACAAAGGAUUGCAAGAGAUAUUUUAGCCAUUCCUAUCACAACUGUUGCUUUAGAAUUUGCUUUUAGCACUAGUGGGAGACUUUUAAGUCCACACCAUAGUAGGCUACAUCCCAAGACUAUAGAGGCAAUGAUGUGUGCUCAAAAUUGGUUAUGGAGUGAAAUCAACAGUUCUUUAACUAUGUCUGGAGAUUGUACACUUCAAUCAAUUCUUAAUGAUGGGGAGCCAAAUGAAAAGGAUGGGAGUUGUGUCACAAUUGUGGAUGAUUAG